ACUGCCUUCAGCACCAUUGUAUCCGACGUCCUCGAUAUCCCCUUCCGACCAGGGUCUCGUCUACCAGGAUCAAAGCCGCAUGAAACACUCCGCUUUCACUUCCACUGGACUUACGCGUGAUGAAAGACAUGCCCAUAACUCUUAUCCACCGGUCCUGGAGCGCUUCACUAUGCUCGCCAUCGCGUCUGCUUUUAUUCGUGUGCAGUGAACACCGGGAACUAGCGUUACAAGGUCCUUUGGUGACACGAACUUCAACUUGAUGUCACGUCUGUGGCAAGCCCUUACGAUCCUCCCCACACGAUCCAUGGAGCUUAAGAUGACUCUUCCAAAGCAUGCCGCGCUGCUAGCCAGCCCAUCAUCCAUGGAGCAGUUGCGAGUGGCACGGCAUCCGCUAACGGUGCUCUCAACGGUCGACUCCUCCGCGCAGCCCUCUCCCCCCCGGUAUAGCCCAACAUCAUGGCUGCGGAUACUGUACCGUGUAUUGUCUACGCUAUCUGUGCAACGACCGCUGACGAGCAUCCAGGCUCAGCCGGGAAAUCCGCCCGCUCCCGUAUCGGCCAAUGAAGGGCACGUCUGCCCUCCACAACGCGGCUAUUACGUCGCCCACAUCACAGGACUCGACGCCGCCCCCUGCUGCUGCACGCGCUACGGAACCUACGACUCCAAGCUGCCUCGGCCAUGCGCAUGCUACUCGCUGCGCCCCCGGCUUCCUAGGUCUACUUCUGGUGACGCGGCCUCACGAGUCGUUUCCUCGGGGCGCCGCAGCACACGCUCUCCGUUCUCGACGGGCGCUCAUCCUGGGGACCAAUGAGCGCGCGGCGAUUCGUCACCCGAGCUGGCUCAAUUUGGCCUCUCGCCCCGAACCCAGGUAUCUAAUCUGAUAUGUUUAAGCGCCG